AUGUUAAAGAUAGCAAAAAGAUUUUUAUCAUAGAACGUUGAGCGACAUCUUCUAGUUGAGAAGUUGGAUAAAGGUGUCGUGGUAUUCAGUCUCAAUAGAGAAAAGAGUAGAAAUGCUUUGAGUAGACUUCUUCUUCAACAGCUAGAGGAAGCAUGCCAUGAAAAUGUUGAAGCCAAUGCUAUUAUACUAAAAAGCCAGGCCCCGGGUAUGUUUUGUGCUGGUGCUGAUCUUAAAGAAAGAAAAGAAAUGACUGAAUUCGAAGUAAGAUAAACAUUAAGAAAGCUAAAGGCUAGCUUCAUGCUUUUUGAAAAUCUACCGUGCCCUACUAUAUCAAUUCUAGAUGGUGCUGCUCUUGGUGGAGGGCUAGAAUUAGCUCUUUGCUCUGAUAUUAGAAUUGCAACUAAGUAAGCCUAGUUAGGUCUUCCUGAAACAUCAUUAGCUAUUAUACCAGGAGCUGGCGGCACAUAGAGAUUGCCAAGAUUAAUUGGUGCAUCUAAGGCAAAGGAACUUAUAUUCACCGGUGAUAGAUUAACUGGUGAUGAUGCUUUGAGAAUGGGAUUAGUUAAUCAUGUUGCUGAUGAUUAUGAGUAAGCUUAUCAAAAGGCCAUUGAAAUCGCAAAUAAAAUUGGGGAAAAAGGACCUAUUGCAAUUAAAGCUGCGAAGUAGGCCAUUAGUUAUGGAAUGAAUAUGGAUUUAAGAAGUGGCCUUGAAUUAGAGGAAGCCUGUUAUGCUAAAACUAUUCAUACUGAGGAUAGAAUGGAAGGACUUAAAGCUUUUGCUGAAAAAAGAAAACCAGUUUAUAAAGGGAAAUGA